ACAGCCCUCCAUAACUGCUCUGUGAAACCAGCUUGUGCCUAAAACUUUAAGACAUAUACUUCACCAUAGCCAUGGCAAUGGGAAGAGGCUCUAAGUUUUUUCACACUCUUUUCUUAGUGUUUGUUUGGCAGUUUUGUGGGGAGGUGGGUGCCACUUUCAAUGAUAUCACCGGCGUUGCAAAGACCGGCCUCCAUGAGCCGUUUUCCUUCCGCGCAUUUGGGCCACAUGGUGGAGACUCGCAGAGUCCUACAGAAGCACCAAUGCAAAGUCCUAUAGAGAAGUUCAAGAUUGCUCCGGAACUUGUGCCAUUUCAUACAAAGCUGGUGGACAAUGGUGGUUUUGGUGUCGGAGUUCUGAAGGGUACCAAAACUGUAAAGAGCGUUGGCCGCGGUUUUAUUGCUUCUCACGGUGUGACUACAAAGAGCAUCAGCAACUUUUUUUCUUCUCAAGGUAGUUUGACUACAAAGAGCACCAGCAGCGGUGUUGUUUCUCAUGGUGUCCAAAAUGCUGCAAACAACGGUGGUAAUAUUGUUGUCCAAAAUGCUGCAAAGAGCGGCGGUAGCGUUGUUGUCCAAAAUGCUGCAGAGAGCUUCGGUCGCACUGUUGUUUCCCAUGGUGUCCAAAAUGCCGCAAAGAACGGUGGUAGCGUUGUUGUCCAAAAUGCUGCAGAGAGCUUCGGUCGCACUGUUGUUUCCCAUGGUGUCCAAAAUGCCACAAAGAGCGGCGGUAGCGUUGUUGUCCAAAAUGCUGCAGAGAGCUUCGGUGAUGCUGUUGUUUCUCAUGGUGUCCAAAAUGCUGCAAAGAACAGCGGUAGCGUUGUUAUCCAAAAUGCCGCAGAGAGCUUCGGUCGUCCUGUUGUUUCUCAUGGUGUCCGAAAUGCUGCAAUUAGUGGCGGUAGCGUUGUUGUCCAAAAUGCUGCAGAGAGCUUCGGUCAUGCUGUUGUUUCUCAUGGUGUAAAGAGCAGCGGCAACGUCGGUGUUAUUAAAGGCCAUGGUAAUGUGUAACCCGACAGAUCGCAUGACAAAUAAUGUAAGUCAUGAAUAUUGUGAUGGUCUACCUUACCCAGCCAAACAUAAAUCUCAUUGAAGGAUUAAUAAAAGACAUUGCUUUUCUAACU